UAAUCGCUACACACACAAAAUGGAAGGAGCUAAAAUUUGGUUGGUGGUGUUAACCUGGAUAAUUUCCUCAGCCCAAGCUGACGAAAAUAAGACAAAUUUGCAAAAUCAGAUUACAUCCCUCCUAGACAUUGUUCAAAAGGUAGUGUCGGAUUUCGAUAGUCUUCGCCAACAACACAGAGAACUCGAGCAUCAAUAUCAUCUUCUGUCGGAUGAAUUUCGCUCACUAAGAUUUAAUCACAUACCUUCAACGAAAAGUGUCAGAACUGAUGAACAAGCAAGCCAACCCGUCCAUCCAAAGUUUGCGCACAGUAGAUCAGCUUUUCUAGCACCGCAGGAAAUCGCACUAGAUCAAAAGGGAGCAAAAAGUGAUCGUGGUCUUCAAAGAGAAGCAAGUAUUCCUGGCUUCAUCGAAAACAACGGUCAAAAGGGAGAAAAGGGUGAUCGUGGACCUAAAGGAGACGCCGGUAUACCUGGUUUUAACGGGGACGAUGGAUACGAUGGUCAUAAAGGUGAAAAGGGUGAUCCUGGGAUUAAAGGAGACGCCGGUAUCUCUGGUUUCAAUGGGGACGAUGGAAUAGACGGUCCAAAAGGAGGAAAAGGUGAACCUGGCAAUUCUGGAAUACAAGGCCAGAAAGGGAAUACAGGGACGACUGGACCAGGAGGACAUAAAGGGAAUACAGGGGACACUGGACCAACAGGACAAAAAGGAGAUACAGGAAUACCUGGACCAGCAGGACAAAAGGGCAUAGGGGCGCCAGGAACAGUUGGGCUGAAAGGAGAUUCAGGGACGCCUGGACUAGCAGGACUGAAAGGAGAUUCGGGGACGCCUGGACUAGCCGGACUGAAAGGGACAUCUGGUAUACAGGGGCCAAUAGGACCUACAGGGUUGAAGGGACAAAAGGGGUUGAAAGGGGAUGUAUGCCCUAUGGACGCACAAAUCGCAUUUUAUGCCAGAUUUUACCAAACCAUCAAUGCCAUGUCCAAUGAAGUGAUCGCAUUUCCUAAUAUAGGGACGAAAAUUGGAACAUCAUACGAGAGGUCUGGCCUCUUCACAUGUAAAGUGACAGGUAUUUACGUAUUCACGUGGUCUAUAGAGGUGAAUUCUGAACACACUCUCAAAACACUCCUGAUGGUCAACGGAAGUGAACGUGGCCAGCUGAUUGUUCAGGGUUCAGUCAGCAAUGGGAACAUCGGUUCUACGACUGUAGUUAUACGGCUGAGUGUCACUGAUCGUGUCCUUAUCUUGCAAGAUUCCGUUUCACCUGGGACUAUUUUAGGAAAUUCCUCUUCGUUUUCAGGUUUCUUUUUACAUCCAGUAUAAACCAAGAAAAUAUCGGGGUGGUUUCGGAUAUUUAAAGUAUUCCGGAUGUGUUUUGCUAAUUUGAAACAGUUAAGGCCAUAUCAGGACAGUGUGCGCAAAUGAUGCGGUAUUCCUGAAAUGUCUAGGACAUGAACUCGUUAUGCUUCUAUCUGUCACACUAACAACGAGCUACACGUGCCCAGAAAAACGCCACCGAAAAGACAGUAGAUGCACACUCGUAUAUAUACAUAUAUCAUAAUCUACCAUAAUCUAUAUUUUGAAUUGAUAGUCAAUCUAUAAUAAUAUAAAGACAUGUAGAUUAUAUCUUUUCUUGGAGUUUUAGUGGAUAAUCGUGAAGGAGAGAUAUAGAGGUAGCGACGACUACUUUGGGUAGACAUCUUUCUCUUCUACCCCAUGUUUUUGUUUUGUUUGUUUUUGUAUUGGUUUAGGACCAACAACACUGUAAAAAAGACAUUUACGAAAGCUAACACACCAAACCAAAACUUAAUAGCAUAAAUUAUGUAAAUACAUCAAUAUCGAACAAAUUGG